AUGGUCAAAUCCAAUAAAUUCGACUACACAGGUGUAAGCUUUAUGGCGUCCGUGGCGUUCGUUGCGCACUCGCUGACAUGCACGCACGUAGNNCGCACAUCAUCGGGCCCGAAGCUGGGCAAGUCAAUUGCAUCGGACCUCGAGAAGCGAGCAGACAAGAAGCAGCGCGAGGCCAACAGACCAUCACCAUCAACUCCCAGGUUGUCAUUGAGACUGCCCGCCUCGGCCAAGCGCACUCCACACAAGGAUCGACUCAAGCUCAAGGACAGAGAUCGUGAUGACUGCGAUGGCGAUGCAAAGGACAGCACGCUCCACAAGCUCGAUCUGAAAGUGCCCAGCAAAUCUUUGACCGAUGAGGGAUUUGCUCUCCUCGCCGACGGCCUGCAAAACGCCUUCACAACAUGUAGAGACCUGGCCUUGGUUGACCUCAACCUUACCAACAACGAUCUCACCACCCGAUCUCUGGCUCGUCUGGCCCCUCUGAUUCAGACAUCUUGCUACACUCUACAAACUCUUGACCUGUCUCACAACAAGUUCCAAGUCUUGACUGACGUGCAGGCUGAAGAAUGGCAGCUCUUCCUUCAGUCCUUCCGCGGUUGCAUGACCCUGCGCAGACUCGACCUUGGUGACAACCCCUCACUCGGAUCACGAGCCUUUGAAGUUCUUGCCCGCGUCUACUCACGCGAGCCCGCUGUGGAUCCUGAGCCCGCUACUGGCAACCUGUCGUUCAUCACCUUGCCGGACAGCUGCUCCGUACUUAGCAACAGCAGCUUUGACGGUACCCACAUCAGAAACGGCAACGACCCUGACCUUCCGAGAUGUGCCAACGGAAAGACUCUUGCCGACGCAUGGAUGCUCAAGGAUCGCCGCGGUCUUCGAUCUAUCCCAUACUUGACCUUGACCAAUGUCGGCCUGGACGACACGGGUGCCCUCUUCCUGUCUUACGUCCUGGAACAGCACUACUAUCCUAUCCAGCUCGUCUCAGAAAACAACGCAACCGAAGCCUCUUCUUCCAUCCGUACCUACCGUCAAGAUGCCAACACAAAGGGCGUUGAUUGGGACAACAACUCCGAGUUCUUGUCCAAGGACGGCCUUCACUUGCUCCAAUGUGCCGAGAAAUUGAGAAUGAGGAUGCUAUUGGGAGACUCGGACAGCAUUACCAGCUCGUACAUGUCAGCAAGUGUCGUAGACUUGCCCGAUACAUCUCCCAGAAUGACCUCCAGCGCCCACUUGCGUCGCUCAAGCCUUUUCUCUGUUCAGUCGGCUGACUACACUAUGUUUGACAAAUCAGACAUUCAGAGUGCUCGCAAGAAGGUCCAGCGCAACACCAUAGGACAUGCUGGUUGUGAAAGCGUCGAUCUCUGGCGCGCAUCUCUAGCUGCAAUCAUUGCGUCACGCAAGGUCUUUCUUCUGGCACCUGUGUUCAAGAUGUUCAAAGCCACCAAGUUGGUUUCAGAGACAGGCGAGCAGGACGUCGAGCCCGCUCUGAACAACAACGGUCAUGCUAUCGAGAUUGAUAUCAACCAGGUGGUUGGCAUGCCUGUUACCGAUGAACACCUCGAACGUUCACUGAACACGCUCUCAAUCCACUCGGAUUCGGUGAACUUCGAAGACGGUCAGGCCAAGCGUUCCUAUGCCUCCACCCUCAUGACAACCUCGCCUGUUGACUCGAUGAACCCUGACUUGACUAUGCCAGAUGGCGCUGCAGUCUUGAGCUCACCGUCUAGCACCAAGAUUCUUCGUACUAGCGCCUCAUCCCGUGGUCACUUGACAAACUCCGAGAGAAAUAGUCCAGAAAGUACCCAGAAGGUUGGAGAAUACGUAAAGCCCAGAGUCAGCUCCGAGGAGUACAUGCGAUUCCAGCGGAACAGAAUGGAGAAGCUCAAGGCAUACCACAAAGGCGAGAGCGAUGGCUACAGAGAUGUCAGUCUGCGUUGCCACCUUCCUCUUCCGCUCUGCCUUGACAUUCUCAGACUCGACAUGAGCGCUGUUGACCUCAGCCAUCUCGGUAAGGAGAAGCAAAUCAAGGCGUUCACCUGGGGUCAGAAGAGAGAGACUCUGAAGAGUGGCUACGACUGGAGAAUGAAGGACGAGAGCUCUCAGCUUCUCAUGUUACUCUCUGGUGCUGAGUGUGUCGAGUAUUGA